GCACCACCACCAACCACCAGUGGUAGGCUGACGCCAAUACCAAGCGUUGCUUACACUCCUACACACACUCACACACACAACACACUCACUUUUCGUCCAUUCUUCAACCGUCUUGCUCAUCUACAGCCCACACACAUCAUGUCGAGUGGACUGUCGCGUAGAAGAGUGAAUGCUGCCUCCGGUGCAAACGGUCAGGACUCACCGACAAUAUCGCGGACGCCGAGUGAGCGGCGUACCAUUCAUACGGAUGGGGACGACCAUAAAAUUGCGUUUGACCCUCGAGACUUGGAACAAGGCGAAGAACAGGCUCGUCAGCCGAAGCUGACGCUUAUGGAGGAAGUGUUGUUGCUAGGUAUUAAGGACAAACAGGGAUACCUCUCGUUCUGGAACGACAGCAUCUCUUACGCUCUCCGAGGCUGCAUCUUGAUAGAGUUGGCGUUCCGUGGAAAAAUCCGGAUGCAGAAGGAUGUUGCUCGUAAACGUUUUCCGCUCACUGAUCGAAUUGUUGAACUUGUAGACGACAAGUUGACGGGCGAGGUAUUGCUGGACGAGGCGCUCAAGAUGAUCCGAAGCAGCGAGCCCAUGUCUGUCGGCUCAUGGGUCGACUUAAUGAGUGGUGAAACGUGGAAUGUCAUGAAAAUCGGCUACCAAUUGCGCCAGGUGCGUGAGCGUUUGGCCAAAGGUCUCGUCGACAAGGGCGUGCUGCGUACGGAAAAGCGGAACUUUUUGCUGUUCGACAUGGCCACACACCCUGUAGCAGACACGGGCGUGAAGGAGGGCUUGAAGCGUCGGAUCAUGAGCUUGGUUACGUCUCAAAUUGCCGAGCUGGACGAUACUCCUUAUUUCCCAAAACAUCUCUCGUUCCGCUACCUGCGUACGGUGACGCUCGUGUGUUCGGCGUAUGCAGCUUGCGUGCUGGACAACGUAUUCAGUCAGCUAAGCUACGAGGACCGAGAACGUGCGUUUAGUCAUGUGGAUGAGUUGUUGUAUGAGUUUUCCCAAUGGCCCUUUGGUCUCCGGUCCUCUGGCCAGGUAGCAACAAACCUGCCCAAGGCCAUUACUGAAGAGCUGUCGAACGUAAGCGGUGACGAACUGUUGUCCAUUGAGCUUAUUGCCGCUGUGCUGCAAGUAUUCACACACCUUGAUUCACUCUUCUAGGUUGUCUAUCAUUGUAUACCGUGUUUUCAUGUGCUCGCGCCAGUAUUGAUGAACAUCUACGGCGAUAGCCAUCUUUGUCGACUGUCUUUUCACCGUACAACAACAGCAGUACCAGCUUCCUUGUGAGCAUUUAAAAAAAAUAUACUAAGAGGCCCUUUAGCUCUACUAGGUCGGUCGAUUACUCAAUUCUCACUCACAUGCACAAACAAAACACACACAUACACACACACACACUCACUCACUCACGGAACACAGAAACACAGAAACACUGACGCUCACUUUUGCAUGCACUCAUACACAUACUCGACUACUUGACGAUUACUCUUUUAUCCACGCCCAUCCUUUCCCUCCAGACAGGUCUGAGUGCAGGAAGGUGUGUCGGCUAGAGGCGUCAAUACACACAGACACACACAUGAUGUUGCCGUCCCACUGUAUCCCAGAGACUCGGCAGUACUAUGCUGAGAAAUGUUGCGUUCGCAUUGAUAAAGGUAAAAGAAAAAGUUUCUAUUCUUCUAUUCUCUCUCUAUAAAACCUGCGCCCGCAAAAUAAUUCUGUGUAGGACACGCAAGUGUGUAUCUUUCUACUGACGUGCCUUACCAAGCCUUCUUCCUUUUGGUCGCUGCAAGCUGUCUUUCUGUGCCAGGUUUUUUCUUUUUUUUCAUGAAUUUCACUAUUAAUGGCGAUGAACUUUAAGCACUGUAGCGUGCACGAUCGGCACCACACUGUUGUUAAUUCGCAUUAAUGAGAUUUGCCAGGUGUAGUUGGACUCGGCCUCUGUCCGCCAACUGAC